AUGCCGUAUGGCCUAGUUAACACCCACUCCAUCUUCCAGGACUUCAUGCACGCAGUGCUCCGGGAGUAUCUCAACCGCUUUGUCAUUGUGUAUAUUGAUGACAUCCUCAUUUACUCCCGGAACCUCAAAGAACAUUGCGUGCAUGUAAGGACCAUUCUAUCCAGACUCAGACAGUUCCAACUCUUCCUAAAGGCCAAAAAAUGCACCUUUCACCAAACCUCAGUGCAAUUUCUGGGUUAUAUAAUCAGUGAAACAGGAAUCCAUAUGGACAAGGGGAAGACAGAAGCAGUCACCUCCUGGCCACAACCUUCCACAAUCAAAGAACUCCUAUGCUUCCUAGGUUUUGCCAAUUUCUACCGCCGAUUCAUAAAGAACUACUGUACCAUCACUAGUCCCAUCACCAACCUCCUAUACCCAGAACUCCCCUUCGUGUUGGAAGUGGAUGCCUCUACCACCGGAGUGGGAGCGGUUCUCUCCCAAAGGCCAGGCUCUCCUCCUCGACUCCAUCCAUGUGGCUUCUUCUCACGGAAGCUCAGCUACAACAUUGGGAACCGAGAACUGCUGGCCAUCAAAUUAGCGUUGGAAGAGUGGUGGUCAUCCGUUCACUACCCGGUCCUUGAAAUAUCAAGGCCGAUGCCCUGUCCAGACUCCAUGCUCCUGAAGAAGGGUUUACCUACAGCCUUGGAGACAGCAGAACUCCUCUUCAAUUGGGUGUUCCACCAGUUUGGCCUCCCGAGGACAUUUUAUUUUCCGGGUAUGGAAGGCCUUUUUCUCCCUAAGUGUGACCGUAAGCCUAUCCCCUGGUUCCUGGGCUGGGCCGAGUACGCCCAGAACUCACUCAGUCAACCAUCCACGGGUCUUACACCAUUCCAAUGCAUACUCGGGUACCAGCCCCCUCUCUUUCCCUGGUCAGGAGACCCCUCCGAUGUUCCUGCGGUGGAUUACUGGUUCCAGGAGUGCGAGAGAGUCUGGGACGAGGCUCACCAUCAUCUCCAACGGGCAGUGCGCAGACAGAAGAUGGCAGCUGACCUUCGCAGAGCACCCACUCCUACCUACCAACCUGAACAGAAGGUAUGGCUGUCCACUCGGGACAUCAGACUGUGCCUGCCCUGCCGGAAACUCAGUCCUAGAUUCGUCAGCCCCUUCACCACCCCUCGACAUCACGUCGAAUCUGAGUUCAGCCUGAAGGGAGAUUACUUAUUGGGUGGCCUUUUUACUUUACAUGAAGUUCAACAUGCCACACCUUUGUCCACUCCAGAAGCCAUAGAAUGUUUCAGAUACACUUUCUCAAAAUCUGGCUAUCAGAUGUUGCAAGUGAUGAGGUUUGCUGUUGAGGAGAUUAAUAACUCCACAACUCUUCUGCCCAAUGUUUCUCUGGGAUAUGAGAUUUUUGACCACUGUUCUGACACAAAACAUUUCCCUUCGAUCUUCGAUUUUAUUUCAAAAAAUGGCUCAAUAAAACCUAAAGAAAAACUCAACAAUUAUCAGCCUAAAGUGAUUGCUUUAACAGGGCCAUAUGGAAGCACAAGGACAAUUACUAUUGCACCAUUAAUCACAAUGGACCUUAUACCAUUAGUGAGCUAUGGAGCUUCUAGCUAUACAUUAAGCAAUAAACUUCAGUAUCCUUCCUUUGUAAGAACAAUCCCUAGCAACAAAAACCUGAUAGAGAUGAUUAUUCACAUCAUACGGUGGUUUGGAUGGAACUGGGUUGCCUUUCUUGGUAGCCAAGAUGAUUACAGCGAAGACGGUCUAAGAAUAUUUCACAAGUAUAUAAGCAAUACUGGCAUUUGUUUGGCCUAUCAAGAGGCUUUAGGCCAACGGGCAAACUACAGCCAAACACUUAAAAAGAUUGAUAUGCUCAACAUCAAUGUCAUUGUUGUUUUCGCUGUGCCAACAUAUGCAAGAAACAUUAUCAAAGCAGCCAUAGCAAAUAACAUCCAAGGCAAAGUAUGGAUUGCAAGUGAAACUUGGGCUAUGAAUCAACAGCUUCCAAGAGAGCCAGGAAUUGGGAAAAUUGGAACAGUCAUUGGCAUUACGGAGAGGUUGUUGUCAUUACCAGGAUUUGAUAAAUUCAUCUAUAAAGACAGGAGAACAAUGAAUGCUUAUUGUGCUGAAAGUAACAUCCAGAGUAAGAAUAAGACAUGUAAUCAAGUUUGUGAUUACUGCCCACUGUUGACCGCAGAGGAAAUUAUAAACGAAAAUCCCUCAUUCUCCUUUACCAUCUAUGCUGCUAUAUAUACUAUAGCCCAUGCAUUACAUAAGGUUCUGCAGUGUGACAUGAAUGAAUGCCACAAAAACAUGACAGUUAAGCCAUACAUGCUUCUGGAGCAAAUGAAAAAGUUGGACUUCCCACUUAAUGGCCAUCAGGUGAAAUAUGAUGAUAAUGGUGAUCCAACCGUCAGUUUUGCAGUUGUACUUUGGAAUACUGAAACAAAUCCUCCACGGUUUGAUAUGGUGGGCACAUAUGAUACAUAUCCAGAAAUUACUUUUAAUAUCAACAACUCUCUCUUGCACUGGCAUAACAAUGGUUCUGUUCCAUUCUCAAACUGCUCUGUUGAGUGCAAAGAGGGAUUUUCAAGGGAACCUGAUCAAUAUCAUAGUUGCUGUUUUCUGUGCAAAAAAUGUCCACGUAACAGCUAUGUGAAUUAUUCCUGGAACCCCUAUACCUGUUCCCUGUGUGCAGAGAGCGAAUGGUCUGAUGAGGGCAGCACAACAUGUAAGAUACGUACUGUUGUCUAUCUUGACUUCAUAGAAAUCCACUCCAUCAUUGUCAUGUUUUCUGCCACAUGCCUAAUUAUUCUCCUUAUUGCCAUAUUUUGCCUUUUUGCCUACAACUUCAACACACCAGUGGUAAAAUCUGCUGGUGGUAGCAUGUGUUUCCUAAUGUUGACUUGUUUGAUAAUGUCUACAAUUAGUGUGUUCUUUUUCUUUGGAAAACCCACAUCUGUACAUUGCCUUCUGAGAAAUGUUGUAUUUGCAUUUUUCUUCACUGUUUUUCUCUCCUGUAUGGCUGUCCGUUCCUUUCAAAUUGUUUGUAUCUUCAAAAUGGCUGCCAAAUUCCCUAACAUGCACAGCCUUUGGGUAAAGCACAAUGGACAGUGGCUCUUUGUUGGAUUUUUUUCUAUAAUUCAUUUAAUUUCUUGUGUACUUUGGAUGACUGUCUCAACUCCCAAACCCUCCAGUGACUCUUUAACUUUUAAAGACCAGAUUAUACUCAGCUGUGAAAUGGGGAACACUGUAACUUUAAGCAUAAUUGUGUUUAUAGGUUGGUUUCUUGGAUUCCUGUGUCUCUUAUUUUCUUACAUGGGAAGAGAUCUGCCAAAAAAUUACAAUGAGGCAAAAUCAAUAACUUUCAGUCUCAUUUUGUACAAUGUGAGCUGGAUUGUAUACUUCACAGCAUACCUCAUUCUCAAAAGCAAAUACAUCCAGCUUGUUAAUGCGAUGACACAGCUAUCUAGUAUAUAUGGAAUUAUCUUUAGUUAUUUCAUACCAAAAUCUUAUGUUAUAAUAUUCCAACCGCAAAAGAACACUGCCGCGUAUUUUCAAACAUCUAUUCAGAAUUACACCCAAACCAUUAGUAGGACUUAGCACAGAUUUAUUUAGGGGUGAGAAAUUGAGAAUUCAG